GCGCGUGGGGCGAGUGCACAGUGCGCUCGCGCCCCGCCGUGCGCUCGUCGCCCGCCUGAGCCUGUGCCAGGGGGAUGAGGUGGGAGGCGCCAGAAGCCACUUAGCUACUGCCAACCGCCCAAUGCAGCACUCGCUCACUCCCCCCGCCAGCGGAAGCGCCCGCGGAGCACAAUGCAGCACUGAGGCGGCAGCGCGGUGGAGGCUGCAGCGCCGCGGCUACCUCAGCAGCGGCUGAGGAGGGGGCGGCCGAGGAUAGCCGGGGAGCGCCGAGCGAGGCAGCCUGCCUGGGCGCACGGGGCAUGAGGAGCUGAGCGUCUCGGGCCAGGCAGGCUGACAGCAGCACCAUGCAGGCGGCUACGGCUGCGUGCGUGCCCUUCUUGCUGCUCUGCGCCCUGGGGACUUGCCCCCCGGUGCGCUGCGGCCGGGCAGCAGGAGACGCCUCACUGGCAGAACUGGAAAGGAGAAGAGACAACCGCUUCCUGGAGCGCCAGAGCAUUGUGCCCCUGCGCCUCGUCUACCGCUCAGGCGGCGAGGAUGAGACCCAGCACGAUGAGCUCAACACGCGGGUACGGGGUGACCCUGGGGGACUGCAGUUGGCUCACGUUGACCAGGCCAGCUUCCAGGUUGAUGCCUUCGGAACAUCUUUCGUUCUCGAUGUCGUGCUGAACCAUGAUUUGCUGUCUUCUGAGUAUGUGGAGAGGUUCAUCGACCAUGGGGGAAAGACUGUGGAAGUGAAAGGAGGAGAGCAUUGUUACUACCAGGGCCGUAUCCGAGGAAACCCUGCCUCGUUUGUUGCUUUGUCAACCUGCCACGGACUCCAUGGGAUGUUCUAUGACGGGAACCAUACAUAUCUCAUUGAGCCAGAAGAAAAUGAGACAUCCCAAGAGGAUUUCCACUUCCAUUCCAUUUACAAGGCCAGGCUGUCUGAAUUUCCUUUGGAUGAUCUGCCAUCUGAAUUCCAGAAAGUAAACACCAGUCUGCCAAAAUUUACUUUCAAGUCAAGACCAAAAAGGAGCAUACGGCAACUUCUUCGAUAUCCUCGUAAUGUAGAAGAGGAGACCAAGUAUGUCGAGCUGAUGAUUGUGAAUGACCAUCUUAUGUUUAAAAAACACCGACUCUCUGUGGUACACACCAAUACCUAUGCAAAAUCUGUAGUGAACAUGGCAGACUUGAUAUAUAAAGACCAGCUUAACACAAGGAUAGUAUUGGUUGCCAUGGAAACCUGGGCAGCUGACAACAAGUUCGCCAUAUCUGAAAAUCCAUUGAUUACCCUACGUGAGUUUAUGAAAUACAGGAGGGAUUUUAUCAAAGAGAAAAGUGAUGCCGUUCACCUUUUUUCGGGGAGUCAAUUUGAGAGUAGCCGGAGCGGGGCAGCUUAUAUUGGUGGGAUUUGCUCGUUGCUGAAAGGAGGAGGCGUGAAUGAAUUUGGGAAACCGGAUUUAAUGGCAGUUACCCUUGCCCAGUCAUUAGCCCAUAAUAUUGGUAUUAUCUCAGACAAACGAAAGUUAGCAAGUGGUGAGUGUAAGUGUGAGGACACCUGGUCAGGAUGCAUCAUGGGCGACACUGGCUAUUAUCUUCCUAAAAAGUUCACCCAGUGUAAUAUCGAAGAGUAUCACGACUUUCUGAACAGUGGAGGUGGUGCCUGCCUUUUCAACAAACCUUCCAAGCUUCUGGAUCCUCCCGAGUGUGGUAAUGGCUUCAUCGAAACUGGAGAGGAAUGUGACUGUGGGACUCCUGCUGAAUGUGUCCUUGAGGGGGCUGAGUGUUGCAAGAAAUGCACAUUGACUCAAGACUCUCAAUGCAGUGAUGGUCUUUGUUGUAAAAAGUGCAAGUUCCAACCUGUGGGGACCGUAUGCCGAGAAGCUGUGAACGACUGUGACAUCCGUGAAACGUGCUCAGGAAAUUCAAGCCAGUGUGCCCCUAACAUUCAUAAAAUGGAUGGAUAUUCGUGUGAUGGUGUUCAGGGAAUUUGCUUUGGAGGAAGAUGCAAAACCAGGGACAGACAAUGCAAAUAUAUCUGGGGACAGAAGGUGACAGCAUCGGACAAAUACUGUUACGAGAAACUGAACAUCGAAGGGACCGAGAAGGGUAACUGUGGGAAAGACAAAGACACUUGGAUUCAGUGCAACAAACGGGAUGUGCUGUGUGGUUACCUUUUGUGCACUAACGUCGGGAACAUUCCACGGCUUGGAGAGCUCGAUGGUGAAAUCACAUCGACUGUGGUUGUGCAGCAGGGGAGAACAUUAAACUGCAGUGGUGGGCAUGUCAAACUGGAAGAAGAUGUGGAUCUUGGCUAUGUGGAAGAUGGGACGCCUUGUGGUCCCCAAAUGAUGUGCUUAGAGCACAGGUGUCUUCCUGUGGCUUCUUUCAACUUUAGCACUUGCCUAAGCAGUAAAGAAGGCACGAUUUGUUCAGGAAAUGGAGUUUGCAGUAACGAGCUCAAAUGUGUGUGUAACAGGCACUGGACAGGUGCCGACUGCAGCACUUACUUCCCACACAACGACGGCGUAAAGACUGGUCUCACUUUGUCUGGUAAUGGUGUAGCUGGCACCAAUAUCAUCAUAGGCAUAAUUGCGGGCACCAUCUUAGUGCUGGCCCUGAUAUUAGGAAUAACUGCCUGGGGUUAUAAGUCCAAUGGGCUCUCUCAUUCUUGGAGUGAAAGAAUUCCAGACACAAAACAUAUUUCAGACAUUUGUGAAAAUGGACGCCCUCGCAGUAACUCCUGGCAAGGUAACCUGGGAGGCAACAGAAAGAAAAUCAGAGGCAAAAGAUUUAGACCUCGAUCUAACUCAACUGAGACUCUGUCUCCUGCCAAGUCUCCUUCAUCAUCAACUGGGUCUAUUGCAUCCAGCAGAAAAUACCCUUAUCCAAUGCCUCCACUUCCAGAUGAGGAGAAGAAGGUGAACCGACAAAAUGCCAGGCUAUGGGAGACAUCCAUUUAAGAUCACCUGUUUACAUGUGACACAUCGAAACUGUUUACUUCAACUUUUAUAGAAACCCAGCCUCACGGAAUCCCUGCAAAUCUGCCCUUCAGAGACUCCCUGAGUAGCCACCAGGAGGGAAAGCCAAAUCUCACAUCUGGAUAAUUUUUUUUUCCUCCAUUGGCGGAACUGAACUGAACCAUGCAAAAAAAAAAAAAUGACCAAAAUGUCACAGUAUGACUCAGAACGGUCAGGGUCCCGUGUGUUAAUGUGUAAUCUGCAUGACAGACAUAUAUAGAAAUAUCAGUACAAUUAACUCACACAACCCAAAUGUAGCAAGUCUCCUAAGGGACGGUAGUGAAUUCAGAACCUGACCCUCAGAAGCACAUUCUCAGUGUAGAACCAAUGCUCAAUGCAUGGAACUUCUGUUUAUUGUUUUUCAUAUUUAAGGAAACAGCAUCCCAUAGUAGAAACUAGCAUGUAGGGCUAAAGCAGCCAGGGGUUCGCUGCAGGAUUCUAAAGCUUUCAGAGGCCAACAUCCCAUGUGCUAACUCUAAACAUGUAUUUUUAUUUUUUUUUACUUACUUCUCAUAUUUAUAUCAGCACACAAGGAUACCUGUACAUAUGUAAAGAUUUUAAAAAAUUCAACAAGGAAAAGCAGCUGUUACACACAAGUCUAUUUUGCCAAAUGCCUAAAUCAGUGAGUUGCAGCCCCAUGCCCGUCAGGUGCUCAGCCAUCUGCAAUGCCUGUGUUGUAAACACAGUAGCUGAGCACUGUGUCAUCUGGAGCUGGUCUCAUCAUGUGGUUCAUGGUCUAGGAGAGAAGAAUGUCCUGUGAGCUUCUGGCCCUGGCAGCUCUCUGCAGUGGGAGUCCAGGAAUGCAACUCCCAGUCAGCUCCAGGGUCGCUUCCAGCCUGGCCACUUCUCUGUGGGCACAUACUGCUUGCCUAGGCACCUGGUACCUGUCAGGAACACGCACCUGCGCUGGGCAUGCCGUGGAAGCCCCGAGCCCCUGAGCGGUGCGACCUGCUGAGAUGACACAGGGGGAUCAAUGCAAGA